ACGGAAGAAGAAUCGUCACCUCACCAACCUUAGGGUUUUCCACUUUUCCUUUGCUGAUUUUUUCUUUUUGAUGAUUUAUUUUUUUAGUUGCAUGUUAGGGACGACUUUGUACCUCGUACUAAGAAUAAUAAAAUAUAGUCGACAAGAUGAGCUCUUCUUCUCCUGCUCUCUCUUCCUCUGUUGUCUUCUUCUUCGCACUGGCCUGGGCCAGAUCUCAUCGACUUGUUCCCUUCUUUCAUUCUUUGACUUGGAAAGGGAGCAAUGGCCUUCUUUGCUGGCCUGGUUUUUGGGAUCAUCGCUGGACUCGGGCUACUCAUCGCCUUCUUCCGCUCCCAGGAUUCCCGAUCCAAACGCCGCCUCGAGCUGGCUGCCAUCUUGGCGGCUUUUGCAAAGAUGACAGUUGAAGAUUCGAGGAAGAUUCUUCCAGGUGAAUUUUACCCAUCAUGGGUAGUUUUCUCACGUCGCCAGAAGUUGAAAUGGCUUAACCAAGAGCUGAUAAAAAUAUGGCCUUACGUUAAUGAGGCAGCAUCUGAGCUUAUAAGAAAUUCUGUAGAGCCAGUUCUUGAGCAAUAUAGACCAGUCAUGCUAGCUUCCCUCAAAUUUUCAAAGCUAACUCUUGGUACUGUUGCUCCCCAGUUUACAGGAGUUUCAAUCGUUGAAGGUGAUAAAUCUGCGAUCACCAUGGAGCUGGAGAUGCAGUGGGAUGGGGAUCCAAAUAUUGUACUUGAUGUUCGGACAAAAUUUGGGGUGGCAUUUCCAAUCCAGGUAAAAGACAUCGGCUUCACAGGGGUUUUUCGUUUAAUCUUUAAACCACUAGUUGAAGAACUUCCAUGCUUUGGAGCCAUAUCUUAUUCCUUGAGAGAGAAGAAAUAUCUGGAUUACACACUAAGGGUUAUUGGUGGCGAAAUGUCGUCUAUUCCUGGAAUUUCUGGUGCUAUCAAGGAAACUAUACAUAAUGCUAUUGAAGACUCUAUAACAUGGCCAGCACGGAAAGUCGUUCCCAUAUUACCAGGGGACUACAGUUUCCUGGAGCUGAAACCUGUUGGCAUAUUGGAAGUAAAGCUUGUGCAAGCAAGAAAUUUAACAGACAAAGAUGUCAUAGGGAAGUCAGAUCCAUUUGCUCUUCUGUAUGUACGCCCAUUACCUGACAGAAUGAAGAAAAGUAAAACAAUUAACAAUAAUUUAAACCCUAUCUGGAAUGAGCACUUCGAAUUUAUAGUUGAAGAUGCAGCUACUCAGCAUUUGGUAGUGAAGGUCUAUGAUGAAGAUGGGGUCCAAGCAUCUCAAUUAAUUGGUUGUGCUCAAGUAAUGUUGAAGGACCUUCAUCCUGGUAAAGUGAGGGAUGUUUGGCUAAAACUUGUCAAAGAUUUGGAAGUUCAGAGGGAUAGGAAAGAUCGGGGUCAGGUGCACCUUGAGCUUCUCUACUGUCCUUUUGGCAUGGAGAGCAAGUUUUCUAAUCCUUUCGCAAAACAGCUAUCAUUAACUUCUUUGGAGAGGGUCCUUGCUAAUGGCGCAAAUGCAACAAAGGUUGCAGAUUUUGAAAGAACAACAAGGCAAAGGAAAAGAGUUGUCAUGAUGAGAGGAGUACUUUCUGUGUCAGUUAUAUCUGCAGCUAACUUGCCUGCUAUGGAUAUUACGGGAAAGUCUGACCCAUAUGUUGUGCUUAAGUUGAUGAAAACCGAAAUGAGGAACAGAACAAGGGUUGUGAAAGAGAGCUUGAACCCUAUUUGGGAUGAGACUUUUGACUUUCUUGUGGAAGAUGGGCUACACGAUUUGCUUAUUUUGGAAGUUUGGGAUCAUGACAUGCUGAAAAAGGAUUUCAUCGGGAGAUGCAUUAUUACGCUGACGAGAGUUAUAAUUGAAGGAGAGCUAGCAGAUAGUUUUUUUCUUGAGGGGUCAGAAAUUGGAAAGCUAAAUUUGAGCCUCAAGUGGAAACCGCAACCAAUUUAUCAGGAUUUAUGAUAGAUAAAAGACAGUUUUACCAUCAUUUCAUUAUGCGGGAUUGACAAUUCCUUUGAUUACUUUUUCUUAAAUCCAGGUUUCGGAGAACAUUCUGAUAUAUAAUUCAGUUCUGAGAUGAGGUCAGACAAAUUGCAAUCACACAAGUUGUGAAACUGGUUGUGGUAGCUGCUUGUCAUAUCAUUUAGUUUACCUUGGUUAUUCUCAGGAAAUUUAAUUCAUUUUAAUCUUUGUUUUUUCCAACGGAAAUCGUAGCAUACAACAAUAGGACAGCAGGAAUGUUUUGGAAGAUUGUGAUGUGUAAGAAUUGUAACAGUCAUCAAAUAUUUGAUACCGGAGAUAUUUAGGGUAUAUAGAGAAUGGGGUGUUCUUUUUCAUAUCAAAGAUAUACUAUGU